AUGACAAGCGAUCCCACGUCAGCGAUUGUGGCCGAGCUCGCCGCCCUCGCGGCGUCGCUCAACGCUCAGGGCGACCACUUUGGGGCCGUCGAGGCCCUCACCAAAGCCAUCGCCCUCUCGCCGCACGACGUGUCUUUGCUUGAGGCCCGGUCGGGCGCCUGCGCGCGUCUGGACAAGCACGCGGCCUGCCUGCACGACGGCGAGCUGAUCGUCCGGCUGACACCAGACUGGUACCGCGGCCACGCGAUCUGCGGCUCCGCUCUGUUUUGCCUCAAGCAGUACACCGCCUCUGUGCUCGCCUAUCGGCGCGCGCUUGGCUUUGCGGUGGGCUCGCCGGCGGAGCGCGGCUUGCAGUCGGCGCUCGUCGACGCGUGCGGCCGCGUCGACGGCGCCUUGCGGCAGUGCUCGAUGCUCGGCGACACGACGCAGCUGUGCUCCCUGCUCUCCUCCGGCGCGGCGCGGAUCGACGCGCCCGAUGAGAAGCACGGCUUCACGCCCCUACUUCUCGCCGCCGCCGCGGGGCAUCCCGGAUGCGUGCGGGCGCUCCUCGACGGCGGUGCUUGCGCGGGCGCGCGCGACCGGUACGGCAAGACGGCGCUGAUGUGGGCGGCGGCGCAGAGGCACGAGGGCGUGGCCGACGUGCUGCUGCGCCGCUGCGCGUCUGAGGCUGCCUCGCUCGUUGCAACCGACUCAGCGGGCUGGGACGCACUGCACGCCGCCUGCUUGUCGGGCUGCCUGCCACUUGUCGAGCGCCUGCUGCCGCUGGCGGACGUGGGGCGAGCGGCAGUCGACGGCUCCACCUACCUGCACGCCGCCGCGCAGGGCGGCCACGUGGCCGUGGCUCGGCUCCUUCUCGACCGACGCGCCGACCCGUCCGCAAGACAGACCCGCGGCAAGCGGCCCCUCGACCUUGCAUCCGCGGCGCGCAAGUCUGAGGUCGUCGCGCUGCUUCGGCCGCUUACGCCAGAGCUGCCGCCCUCCUCGUGCAUUGCAACAGGGCUAGCGACGCCGACGGGGCGCUCGAUGGCGAUUGCCGUGGGUCUCGCGUUUGUUGCGGUGUGGUGGGUGUUGGCGCCGGUUCUUGGCGAACCGCCGCCCACGUAA